CUGCCACAAGUAGCGACCAUCUUCAUAUUGACGACAUGCUGUAAGCGACAAGUUGUCGCCUUCGUUAGGAUGCUUAAACCACUUCGUGGCAGCAUCGCAAAUGGGAACUCGACUGCUUUCGUGAGACUUGCGCGCCACAGGUGCCGAACCCACCUUCGGCCUGUACGAUGGCAGUCAUCCGUCGCAGUCGCUGCAGACGACACUGAUGCCCUGAGUAAAGGGCUUUCCCGACCUUCGACGGCACGCUUCAACGAAAUAGGAGUUCAGCAGCUCAGCCAGCAUGUCUUCAACCAGGUCUUUCCCCUAGGCCCUGAUCCGCCUCCAAAGCACCUCGUGGAACUUGCUCGAGACCACCUCCUGCGUCAUGAUUUGCUAGGAAAGAACACGGAUACUAGCGAACCCAUAUCCUUCGAUCUCCCCCCGCUGCAUGGAAAAACACUCGACGAGCAUUUCCACAAGCUCGGAGUAGAUGCGGCUGAACCUUACUUGACCUACGCCAAACAGUUUGCCCGCGCAAACACCCCGCCGAAACCUCGAAAAUGGGUGCGCCGGAGUGGAUGGACGAAAUACCAUCCCGAUGGCAAGACUGAGGCGGUUGAUGCGCCGGACGAGACCCUCCUCACCUUCGACACAGAAGUUUUGUGGAAGGAGAGCCCCUUUGCCAUUAUGGCAUGUGCUGUUGGGCCCAAUGCCUGGUACGCAUGGCUGUCGCCUUGGCUACUGGGCGAAUCCGAAAGCGACCGUCAUCUCAUCCCACUGGGCGACCCGUCGAAGGAUAGAAUCAUUGUGGGCCACAAUAUUGGCUAUGAUCGCGCACGGAUACUUGAGGAGUACAGUCUUACUCAAACCCGGAAUGCCUUCCUCGAUACCAUGUCGCUGCACGUAGCAGUUAACGGAAUGUGUUCCCGCCAAAGGCCAACCUGGAUGAAGCACAAAAAGAGCCGGGAACUGCGGGAUAAAAUAGCCAAGGAGACUGACAACGUAGAGCUCGCUGGGCUGCUCAACAGCAAUGCUCUCGGCCAGGAAGAAGAAGAGCUUUGGGUGGACAGGAGCUCGGUAAAUUCUCUCAGGGACGUCGCCAAGUUUCAUCUCAACAUAUCUAUCGACAAGGCUAUCAGGGACGAUUUCAGUGUGCUCGACAGAGACGGGGUCAUGGCCAAGCUCGAGGAACUGCUGGACUACUGUGCGGCCGACGUUGCCGUGACGCACCGUGUCUAUUCGAUUGUCUUCCCCAAUUUCCUCGAAGUUUGCCCCCAUCCUGUCAGUUUCGCGGCGCUACGACACCUCUCCUCGGUUGUACUUCCGGUCAACGAGAGCUGGGACUCUUAUAUUGCCAACGCAGAGGCGACGUAUCAAAAGCUGUCGGAAGCGGUGCAGGAGAGACUGAUCGCUUUGACCGAGAAAGCACUAGAGAUCAAGGACGACCCGGACAAGUGGAGUUCCGAUCCCUGGCUCAGCCAGCUGGAUUGGUCAGGACAGGAAAUCAAAAUGGUCAAGGGGAAAAAGAAGGGGGAUCCUCCAAGGCCUGCUGCCCGGCAAAAAAAGCCAGGCAUGCCGCAGUGGUACAAAGAUCUAUUCGUCAAAAACGACGCACCGAUUGGCAUCACUGUCAGGACAAGAAUCGCACCGCUUCUAUUACGUCUAGCGUGGGACGGACAUCCUCUCAUAUGGUCUGACAAAUACGCCUGGACGUUUAGGGUGGAGAGGAAGGACAGGGAAAAGUACGUCAAUAGGCAGAUGGUCGAGUGCGACAUGAGCGAUGAGACGAACGAAAAGCUCCGAACGGAUGGAGGAAUCUACUUCAAGCUGCCGCACAAGGACGGUCCUCUGGCUCGAUGUGCCAAUCCAAUGGCCAAGGGGUAUCUAGGCUACUUCGAGAGUGGUCUACUCUCGUCCGAGUAUUCGUACGCCAAAGAGGCCCUCGAGAUGAACGCAUCUUGUUCGUACUGGAUCAGUGCCCGAGACCGCAUUAUGUCUCAACUGGUUGUGUAUGAGGACGAGCUUUCGGCUCCUACGGUUUCUGUUAGCACCAAAAAGAGCAAGAACACGAAGCGCACGCCGGAAUCAGAGACCAAGUCUGGAUUUAUCCUCCCACAGCUCAUACCCAUGGGGACAAUUACUCGGAGGGCGGUAGAGAAUACUUGGCUCACUGCUAGCAACGCCAAGAAGAACCGAGUCGGUUCAGAGCUCAAGGCGAUGGUCAAGGCACCUCCAGGGUAUUCCUUUGUUGGUGCCGAUGUGGACUCGGAGGAGUUGUGGAUCGCCAGUGUGGUUGGCGAUGCCACUUUCAAGAUCCAUGGGGGUAAUGCGAUAGGGUUUAUGACACUGGAAGGAACAAAAGCGGCCGGUACGGAUCUGCACUCGAGGACAGCCAGUAUCUUGGGGAUUACAAGGAACGACGCCAAAGUAUUCAACUACGGCCGCAUCUACGGGGCCGGGUUGAAGUUCGCCGGGCAGCUGCUCAGGCAGUUCAACCCUAAUCUUUCGGACAAGGAAACCAUGGAGACUGCCUCGAAGCUGUAUGCGGCCACCAAGGGCGCAAAGACAAACAGGAAAGCCCUGUACAAGAGGCCAUUCUGGCGAGGCGGCACAGAAUCAUUUGUCUUCAACAAGCUGGAAGAGUUUGCCGAGCAGGAGAGGCCACGGACACCUGUCCUAGGAGCCGGCAUCACAGAAGCCUUGAUGAGUCGGUUCAUGUCCAAGGGCGGGUACUUGACUUCACGCAUCAACUGGGCGAUUCAGUCCUCUGGUGUUGAUUACCUGCACCUUCUCAUUGUUUCCAUGGACUACCUCAUAAGAAGGUUCAACAUCGAUGCAAGGCUCGCCAUAACAGUGCAUGACGAGAUUCGCUACUUGGUCAAGGAUCAUGACAAGUAUCGUGCCGCCAUGGCGCUACAGGUUGCCAACCUCUGGACGCGAGCCAUGUUUGCCGAGCAAGUUGGGAUUCGCGAUUUGCCUCAGUCAGCGGCGUACUUUUCUGCCGUUGACAUUGACCAUGUCUUGCGCAAAGAGGUCGAUAUGGACUGCGUUACACCCAGCCACUCCACCCCGAUUCCCCACGGCGAGAGCCUCGACAUCAAGACGCUACUGGAAAAGGGCGACAAGGCGUUCCUAGAUCCGGCCAUAGUCCCGAGGGCACACGCGCCCAACUUUGACGGUAUUGAAUACACGCCGCGGAAGUCGGUCAUGGAAACCCUGCGUGAGACGGACCCAAGCACAGCAGACAUAUCGUUCAUCAAGGCUCAGAUCACGGCUAAGGACGAGGAGUUAAAGGAAAUUCUCGCACAAAAGCGGUCGGAGUCAGCCACGCCAAAGAAUUCCAGGACGAAACAGACCAUGAAGCCGUAUCACUCUCAGGCGCAGUUGAUGGAGGAGCCGUUAUCCGUGACGGACGCGCUUGGUGCGAGGUUCGUCAACGGUCCGUCGUUUGCAGCAAAGGGGAAGUGGGGUUGGGAGAGGUUUAACGGCCCGAGGGCUGGAGGGCCUAGUCGAGCGCCCACACGCCUCGGCUGA